AUGGCCAACUACAAAUAUGACGAGUCCGGCAACAUGGCCGCAUACUUCGUCCUCACCUUCCUCACCAUCUUCCUUGUUCCCUACACUCUCGCAGCGUUCUCUGGAGGCAAAUCUCCCCAGUUGCCCGGAUGCCAAUGCCAACAAUGUGUGGACCAGCGCAAGCGAAUUCGCAAGUAUGAGCGUGGCUCGCUAUUGACUCCCAAGCUACGUCGGAGGACGGUGAUCAUUCUCGUUGGAUGGUCAAUUGCAGCAUUCUGCGCAUACCAUGUCGCAACUACCGAGAGCAACAACAAGCUCUAUGAUCCCUUCGAGAUCCUCGGCAUCGGCGAGAGUGCGACGGUCAAAGAAAUCAAAUCGCAUUACAAGAAGCUCUCAAAGACAUUCCAUCCAGACAAAGUCAAGCUCGGAGUAAACCAGACUAUGGAAAUGGUAGAAGCGAAGUUUGUGGAGCUCACCAAAGCUUACAAGUCAUUAACCGACGAGACCAUCCGGGAGAACUGGAUUAAGUACAACAACCCAGAUGGACGCCAGGAGGUUUCUAUGGGUAUUGCACUUCCCCCGUGGAUUGUUGAGAGCAGCAACAACAUCUGGGUACUGGGUGUAUACGGCAUCAUAUUCGGUGGCGCACUUCCGGCCAUGGUGGGUCGCUGGUGGUUCGGCAACCGCGAAAAGACCAAGGAUGGUGUCAACGCCCGCAGCGCCGCCGUCUUCUUCAAGAACCUGACUGAAGACUCCACCGUGGAUGAUGUGACGAGCUCGCUUGGCAAGUCUUUCGAGUGGGAGUUCUCGUCCAAGGCCAGCAAGGUGGAUGCAGAACUCUUGCGGCUAGAGACACAGAUCAAGGAGACAAUGGGUACAAAGUGGGAUGAACUUAUCAAGUUGGCGGACGCCGCCUCGCAAAAGUCGCAGAACCGAAGAAGGGCACUCAUCCUCUUGUACACCCACCUCUUGCGCCUGCCCGUCAUCAACACCACGUUGCAGACCGAGCAAGCAGACCUCCUUCUACACACACCCGUUCUCCUGAACUCGAUGCUCAACAUCACAAUGUCAAGGAAUUGGCUCCUCCCCACCAUCGCUGCAAUGCGCCUACACGCCUACCUCACCCAAGCUCUCCUCCCCAGCCAGUCGUCCUCCAAGGCCGCCCAAAUCCCCGGUAUCUCCCCGUCAGACGCCUCCGGGCUCCCCGAUUUCUCCGCCGCUGUCGCCUCGCUCUCCAAGUCAGACUCGGCCUCGCUCCCCGACGCCCAGAAGGCGCUCGCCCGCCUCGGCCAGACUGACAUUGUCGACGCCUCCUUCAAGGUCAUCGGCGAGCGCUUCGUCACCCCGAGCUCGUUUGUCAACCUCGUCGUCAAGCUCCGCGUCACGCCGUUCGACAAGGACGGUCGGCCCGUCGCGGUCCCGAAGUCGGACAAGGACACCGAGAAGCGCGACAGCGAGUUCUUGGUCGGCAAGAAGGACGCCGAGGAUCUGCCUGAGGGUCACCCGGAGGGCGCCUGGGCGCACGCGCCGUACUGGCCAGCCAACCGGAAGCCGUCGUGGUGGGUCGUCCUCGCGGACGUCAAGUCGAACAAGGUCGUCGUGCCGCCGAUGAAGAUCCAGGAUGUGCCCGUCGCGGAUGCCGCGCGCGGGGUCGACUACCGCGCAUACAAGAUGCAGUUCCAGGCGCCGCAGAACGUCGGGCUCUUCACCUGGAAGGUCUUCGUGCUCAGCGACACCUUCGUCGGCGACGAGGCCGUGCAGGAAAUCACCCUGAAGAUCGACGACCCGUCCGUGCUCGCCACGGACGAGACGAACGCGGACGACGAUAUCUCGGACCCCGAAGAGGACUCGCUCGCCGGACAGAUGGCGCUCAUGCGCGGGGGCUCUGUCAAGAAAAUCUCUGAGGAGAGCGAUGACGAGAGCAGCACGGACGAGGAGGAGGAGCAGAAGGAGGCAGACGACAGCAGUAGCGACAGCGAUUAA